AUGAAAGACCAAUCAGAGGUUCUGCUGAAGAACCCGACUGAGGUUAUGGGCGAAUGGACACCCACGCUCCAUCAGGAGACAGACAGCGAGUCGUCUCAUCUGACAUGUGAUGAACAGAUCUUCUCUCUUAAAGAGGUCAUUGCUUGUACACAGUCAGACUGUCGCUGUGAAUGUUUUCAGCCUGGACGACAUCAGAUCAGGUCAUGUGAUCGCUGUUCUCAUGGCUGGGUCACACACGCUGUCAGUAAGUUGUGCGGUCAGACCGUUGUGUAUUCAGGACAGGUAGAGAUUGUCCACAUUCAUGUGGUGUUUGACAUCAGCAGUCUGAUCCUCUAUGGGACUCAAGCUCUUCCAGUACGGAUGAAGAUCCUGUUGGAUCGUUUGUUCAGUGUUCUCACACACACACAGGUUCUUAACAUCAUACACACAUUAGGUUGGACACUACGAGAUUACAUCAGAGGAUACAAGCUACAGGACUCUACAGGGAAAGUUCUGGAUGGCUGGGUGACCAUAAGCCCUGAGGACGAGCUCAUCACCUUACAGCAGUUUUUGCGUUUUGGUGAAACCAGAUCAAUCGUUCAGCUGAUGGUUGAAGAGCAGCGAGUCUCAGAAAUCAAAGGUGCCAGUGACACGUGUGUGAGCAGAACAUCGCUUACAGAAAGACAUCACUUUGAAAAUCUCCUCGAUGUGUUUCUGCAACCCUACAUCAGUCCAUCUCUUCCUCUAGAACAUCAUCAUCAUCAUCCUGUAAAACAACUACAACACCUCAGACUGGAACCGAGAAGUGACGCAGAUGAGAUGAGCACAAAGGCCGGAGGAGAGAAGAAACCAAAAAUCCUAACCAGAGGAGGAAACUCAGUGCAGAUAUCUGACGGACCGGUUCAGCUGUACAGAGAAACCAUUAAACACUCAACAAGACCACUGAAGAGUUUUCAUGAUAAACAGCACGUCGGUGAUGUCAAUACUCAAGUUAAAUUAGUGGAGGUCGACUCAUCAGUCCCAGACUCCUCUUCCUCAGGUGCACGGGAACGCCGUCACGGAUCAUCCUUCAGCAAGGGUCGUGUGAGCUGCAGCGCGUGCGCAAAGACGUUUUACGAUAAAGGAACGCUGAAGAUCCAUUUUAACGCCGUGCACUUGAAGAUCAAACAUCGCUGUACGAUCGAGGGCUGCAACAUGAUGUUCAGCUCACUGCGCAGCCGAAACAGACACAGCGCAAACCCAAACCCGCGACUGCACUCGUCUCCGCAACCGAACCCCCGGUUGACCACGCGGCCCUGCUCUGUCAGCCGCAGCACAUUCAAAAUAUGUGUCGCUCAACCCAUCCCAGACACCCCAUCACCUGUACUACCUGACCGCAAGACACCGUUGCCAUCACGCCCCUGUGUUGCUAUGGCAACCAACCAUCAAAAAAGCAAGUUUUCAAACAUCUUUGAAACUCACACUUAUUCCGGCUCAGGAGGAGGGGCUAGACGUGAUCGUACAGCCAAUGAGAGAGAUUUAGAUCACGUGAUGAUUACCGUGCCCAAAAAGAAACCACGUAAGUCCAGCACGCCGCUGAAGUUUAAGAGAGAAUGUCCUCAUGAUGAAGAUGAAGCCAGCGAAGUAAAACUCACAAGAAAUCAGAUGAUACGCUGUCGUAACACCGAUGGUGUCACGCUGUUGCCAAGACAAUCUGUCAACCGUCUCCAUAGUAACACACAUUAUACUACUAACAGUCAGAUCAGCUGCAGUAUAUCAGAGGAUGAUUACAACAGUCGUGAGGUUCUGUCGUCCAUAAGCAACUCUCAUAAACAACUUAACAAUAAACACCUUCAUAAAACACCCGACAGUUAUUACUACGGUUACCAUAGCAACAAUGAGAAAUGAACUGAUUCAGAGAGUGGAUGAUGAUUGGAGGAGGACAUGAGGAGAUAUCGGUCUCUCCUAUGACCCUAACUAGGACUAUAGAGGUCAUCAUUAUACAAACCUCUCUCUCUCUCUCUCUCUCUCUCUGAGAAAAUCCGUCUUCAAUAAAGUGUCAAGUCUAAAAGUGAAUAUAGAUCUGUGAAGCAUGUUAGACUUUUUGUUUGGUUAGUUAUAUGCUUUUCUUGUGUAGAUAACAUUCGGUGGAGUUUGUCAUCAUCUUAUUGCACUCUAUUCAGCACACUUCAU